CUUAAUGGAACUCUACAGGACAUUGGCCUAGGAUACAUACGAUGGAGAGCAUGCUACAAAUUUGCAUUCUCCUAUCCAUGGUGAUUUUGUCCUUUGCAGGAUGUGGUCCUUGUGAAUACGACCUGGUGACCGGACCCUUCGGUGUGUCCGACGAGGCAAUCACAGCGUCAUCUACUCACAGUCACUGCCCUUUAGUAAAAGCCAGAUUCAGCAGUUCCGGUAGUUGGUGUCCUCUUAAUACUGGUGGUGGACACUAUUUACAGAUUGAGUUCCGAUAUGUCUCAUUACUGAAGGCAAUACAGACUAAGGGACGGGGAAGCUAUAAUCAGUGGGUAACGUUGUACAGUGUCAAUAUCAGUAUGGACGGACACACAUGGACGUCCUUAUACAACGCUUCAAGCGACGUAAAGGUAUUUCCCGGGAACUUCGACAAGGAUACAGUCAUGACCAAUGAGUUAGAAGGGAACGUCAUCGCCAAGUUCAUCCGGAUUAUAUCCGUCUCCACACGUACCCGUGGAUCGAUGAAGUUGGAGGUACAGGGCUGUCCGUACACGGAAAUAAACAGUACUUGCCAUCGGUGGGAAGCCAAGCUUGGAUCCACUAGUGACGUACUUCCUGUUCUCCUUGACGCAGACGCAUCGAACCAAGGACUGUGUGGCUUAAAGUGUUUCAGACAACCGGAAUGUGACAGCUUCCUGUUUGACGUCACUUCCGCUCGAUGCAGAUUACUAAAGGCGACUAUGGAUGGGUCACAAGUAACGGUCAACCUGGACGGGGUUUGGUAUUUUGUGAAAAUAUAAAUGCGAACGCUUUCUUUUUGACAUCACAUACUGCCUACUACAGUGGACUUAUAGGUAAUUGUCAACGUACAUAACUACUUGGUGAAUUUGUUAUGACCUGUUGUUGGUAAUGUUGCGGCUGUUUUUUGUCAUGAUAUUUGAGGUUUGUUUGCGCAUUUGUAUAAAGUCUUACACCUGAGUAAAGUUGUUUACUUACAAUGUGUUUAAUGUGUCACCUAACACAAAUUACACCGGUUAGGUGUAAAACCUGACUGUGGCUUACGGUGAGAAACCUCUCCGAUUUCAAUAGAGGCGAGGAAAAACAGAGAAUUCGCUCUGUGAAGGACAAUUUAUAUAUAAACAACGAUAUGGAUCAACCUCCUUCAAUGAUGUGAGGACACGCUCACUCGCGCGCCUCGA